GAAGUGAAAAAGCAUCUGCUGUUGCGCUUCGGAAGUCGUCAGCGACUCGACCCGACUGGAUUCCUGUCAGUCUGUUUCCCGUUAAGUCGGUCGUGUGGGGAAAUUUGUUGAAUGGAACUUUGGACAGCUUUAGGCCAGAUUUCCUUCCGCUUGGCUCUGCUCCACUUUAUUGUUCUGCUGGAGGUGCAAACGCUAAGCGACCACCAAGAAGGCGCCGACGGUGGUUGGUGGUGCGGACCCAAUUUGAGCGUGGAGGAUGAAGGUCCGUGUAACUUGGAAGUGGUGGACGGUUCCUCGCUGUCAUUACGUCACUUCUUGGACAGUUACGCGUACAGCAUGCCGGUGGUCAUCACCGGACUGACGGACAACACCAAAUUCCGCUCUUUGUGCUCUAAGUGGAAUUUACUCACCACAUACGGCGAUCGGCAAGUGCGUCUGAGUACGGCCAACACAUAUUCGUACACCAAAGUGGACGUGUCUUUCAGGGACUACGUGGACGACCUCCUGAGGCCGCAGUCGCCAGACGUCCUGGGCAGCGACACCUUGUACAUGUUUGGCGACAACAACCUGAGCGAGUGGCGCAGCCUUCUGGACGUUUACGAGCCGCCCGUCUUCUUGCUGCCCGGCACCUCUCGAGCGUUCAGCUUUGGCAUCGCUGGUCCCGGAACCGGUGUCCCCUUCCACUGGCAUGGCCCGGGAUUCUCAGAGGUCAUUUAUGGGAGGAAGCGCUGGUUCCUAUACCCGCCGGACGAGGGGCCGCCCUUCCACCCCAACAUGAGCACCCUCUCUUGGCUGAGAAACGUCUACCCGGGGCUACCCCCACACCAGGCCCCGCUGCAGUGCACCAUCCGACCCGGACAGGUGCUUUAUUUCCCCGACCGCUGGUGGCAUGCCACGCUCAACCUGGAUACCAGCAUCUUCAUCUCCACCUUCCUGGGUUGAAGCGGAUGAACAGCACCCACACAGACGAGCAUUUCACAAUCAAGUGCUGACCUCUAAGCUUCUCCCGACUCUUUAUUUCAUUUGAGAUUGUGCUUUCAUGUGACCCUUCUCACACAAAAUAAAGAUGGGAUUUUCA